AUGAGAUAUGGUUUUGCAGAUUGUAUUGCAUAUGCUCUCAAAGUUGCGGAAGAAAUGGACUCGGAGCCUAACACUUUUGAGGAAGCUUUAGCUUCAAAAGAUUUGGUAAAGUGGAAGGCAGCCAUGGAUGAGGAGAUCGAUUCCUUACAUAGAAAUCAAACUUGGAAGUUAGUAGAUAAGCCUAAAGGUGGAAGGGUUGUAGGUUGCAAGUGGGUGUUCAAGAAGAAGGAAGGUGUAUCCAGAGUUGAGGCACCAAGGGUCUUGAAUUGCAUCAAUUGGACAUUAAGACGGCAUUCUUGCAUGGAGACCUUGAGGAAGAGAUUUACAUGGCUUAACCCAAAGGAUAUGCAAAGGGUGCCAAGGUUGAUUGCGUGCAAACAUAUGUAUGAGAUUGAUAAUUUAAAGAAGUUGAUGAGUUCUAAGUUUGAGAUGAAAGAACUUGGAGAAGCCAAGAUAAUUUUGGGGAUCGAUAUAUUUCGGAUAAGGAGAUGUACUCGGAGUGUUACAACGGAAGCAACAAGGGAGGCAUUAUGGUUAAAAUGGUUGGUAAAUGAGCUUGGUGUUCCCCAAAACCAAGUCAUUGUGCAUUGUGACAACCAAAGUGCAAUCUGCUUGGCAAAGAAUCAAGCUUUCUCGGAUCGUGCAAAGCAUAUCGAGAAGAAGCACCACUUUGUUCGAGAAUUAAUUGACAAAGAUGAAGUGGAUUUGGUGAAGAUUGCGCGUGAAAAGAAUCCAGCAAAUAUGUUGACCAAGAUAGUGCCAACAAAGAAGCUUAGGCUUUGUAUGAGUCUAAGCAAUGUGCAAACCAAAUGA